AAAACUUACCUCGCAUUUCUUCCAGGUCCCCCCACGAGGCCCCAGGAAUCCAGCUCACCAUCAACUCGAGGCUGCUUCGGAGUGCCGAUAUUCAUUGAUAUGACCGUCAUGGUAAGGAUCUACACCCGAACAGCCCUUCCAUUUCAUCGAGACCCCCUCCCCCCCUUGCAAGAGAAGCAGAAAGGCGAUACUGUACUGGGUCACUUCUUUCCUGUGUACCCAGGGCAUUGUCUCGUAUUCUCCUCGCAUCAACCGAAAGAUGAAAACCGCUCCUACGUGGGUCUGUAG